AUGCUAAUCACGCUAGACGGGUAUACGACGUUUGAAAGGAGCUUGAAAAGGGGCCCUCCUCAAGCCAAACCUCCGCCGGCAUCGGAUUCUCGCUUCAACUCCCUAGCCCGAAAACCGGAGCCGGAACUCCCCACGAGCACCCAACCCCCACUCCCCGCGCAUUCUAAUUUGAGCAGCACCACAACCUCCAAUGCGUCUUCUUCGUCUUCGUCAGUCAUGCCCGCAUCUACAGACAAGGAGCUCCCACCGGUAAAGCCGAGGGACCGUGAGCACGAGACUCAGGAGAUGAGGACGAGCUAUGUUGAGGAGCCGCCAUCACCGGAAACGCUUCGUCGAGAAGCCAAGGGAGCAGCGGCUGCACUUGUGAGGAGGGUGACGAAUGAGAUGGCGAUGGCGCAUUUUGUGCAGAAAGUCGAGGUUAAUGAGGAGGAUUCUCAAGGAGCACGAGGUGCCUACCGUUGUUCACAAUGGCCAGAGCGUGUGCUCCGCAAAGUCCUCUGGUACAUGGGAAAAGCCCUGGCCAACCACAACUCGAUCUUCUCCAUCACAGCCCUCAUUCUUGUCGGGCUGUCGCUAGUAAUCCCCGUACUCUAUUGGGAUAAGCUAUCCGUGGCGCUGCCUUUCCGCUCUCUCGUCCAGACAAAUGAAUUUGAUGUGGCCUCUUCCGGGGUCGGCAUCCUACGCCAAAUCGCACCCAACUUCAACACCACAAAUCCUUCCUAUGCCCCGCUACUCCGCCUAAAUAAUUACACCUAUGCGGUGUUGUUUAAAAAUUUGGACCCAAAAGAGACAAUUCUCCAAGACAAAACGAUCGCCACUUAUUCAAAUGUGAAGGCGAUGAUGCAGGGGAUAGGUUUUGGAGGGAAAUCGUGGACCGAUUUGUGCAGUGCGGAAAGUUGCUCGGCUGAUUCGUCGAUUUUGGAUAAAAUUGUUAAGAAAAGUACUCAGAUAGCCCUUACCUACCCUGAAACUUACGUCUCCCUCUCUAGAGAAGACACAAAUUUAACGCGUGUCUUUUUGGCGUCAACUAUUGGAGGAGUGGAAUUGGACGUUGAUGGAGCCAUCGCCUCGGCCCAGGCCCUAUUGAUUCCAUUCGGGCUUAACCGGAAUUUGAACGAUCAAGACACGCAACUCUGGGAGCAGUCAUUCCUUCACAAGGUCGACGCGCUCCGCAAGGAAGAGCCAAGCCUCGAAGUGUGCCGCUGGAGUCACCUCGAAUUCGUGGAUACCGUACUCGAAGCCCUGGAACGAUAUCACUAUUGGGCUGCUGUAUCCGGAGGGCUUGUGCUCCUGAUUUCCCUCGCCGCGUCGUUCCGAUCGAACGCCUAUCAGAGCAAGCCAUUGAUCGGGUUGGCAACGGGGGUUGUUCUAUUGGGAUCGGCAGCAGCUGGGAUGUGUGUCUCGGUGUCUGGGUCUCCAAUUAUCAAUCUGCUGCUCCUGCCCGUUACCUUCAUUAUUAUGGGAAUCGGCUCCUGCUACUGCCAAUCGCUUCACAUUGCCUGGAACAAAUUUUCAGCGGUGGCCCUCCACCCCUCAGAAAAAAUCGCCCUCGUCAUGGCCUACGAGGGAACAUUCAUCUGCGCCUCAUCCCUCCUGCUCAUCACAAUGUUUGUGAUCUCCGGGAUCCUCUCCGCUACCCCGUACGUACAAACAGCAUUUUUGACAAUGGCUGCAGGCAUCGCCGCCUUGCUUAUCCUCAGCCUACUAUUCCUUACCGUAUUCGUCUUCAAAAGCGGUAGACGCGAGGCAAAAGGGUGUAAAUGGUACCAUUUCUGCCGGUCAGGUGAUACGCAUUUUCCUUCCGCGAAUCUUGUCGAUUUUGAAAAUGCGCAACUUGAGGUUCUCCACGAUCGUCUCAUCGAUACCAAAUCAAGCCCUUGCCGCCAAUUCGCCGCCUGGCUUUUUGGCCCGUCGCUGCGGUACCCGCUCGUUUUCCUGUGUACCGUUUAUCUGUUGCUGGCCGCUUGGGGAUGUGUAAAUAUCAACAUCGAUCUUCGAGAGGAGCACUUUCUGCCUUCCCACUCUGAGGCCAGAAAGUUUUUGGAGAAUUUCCGAGAAUUAUUUGGGCGUACGGAGGAAUAUCUCGAAAUUACCAUCGAACAAACGCUGGAUUACCAUGAACCAAGCUUACGCCAAUCAAUUUUGGAUUUGCUUGAGCAGCCAGUGAAAGAAGACUACGCCAGCAGAGCCGUCAGUUGGCUAGCCGAUUUUGGACGAUUCGAAAAAUCUAGCGUCUAUGAGAUCAACCAGGACACUUUCGUCCCCAUCGUCCGCCUAGUUUUCUUAACGACAGAUCCUUACCAACGCUACGCCUCUGACGUCGUCUACGAUCACUUUCAGAUGCAAAUUACGAGGAGCAGGAUGUAUUUGGAGUUGAAUAAAAAAGGAGUCGAGCAUAGGCGAGAGGUCGUUGAUGGUCUCCUGAGUCGAGCAAGAGCUAUGCAGCUCCCCAUCACGAUCAAGGCCCCGUUUUUGUUCUCGAUUCAGCACGAUCUCCAGUCGCUGUCUACAGCUCUCUUUGCGUUUGGAGUGUUCUUGACGGUGUUGUUGUUCGUCAGCUUGUUCAUCUUCGGGCAGCCGUCAUUGACUUUUGUGGUUGUGGCGACAUCUUUGUGCGUCAUCAUCGAAACCGUCGGCUACGCCUCACAUUGGGGAGUCCCACUCAACACUGUCACCCUGACGAUGGCAAUCUGUGCGAACGCCCUCUCUUGUGUCGUGUCGAUGUCCUUCUGCUACGCUUACGCAAACUCUGGCAGAGGACUUCGGCCAGCACAACGGAUACAGUAUACCUUCCAGUCCUGCCUGGUGCCGGUGACGAUCGCGAUUGCGCUUCCGGUGGUGACCUAUUUGCCGCUUCUCCGUAUCGAUGCCCCGAUUGUACUCCAUAUCUGGAGGAUACUACUUUUGAAUGGAAUCGCAUCCUUUGCGCAUAUUUUGCUGUUCUUGCCAAACGCCGUUUCCUUCCUAAAUGACAACGCUCUCUCCACAAUCUCGUCAUUAAUGCACGGAGCCGAUGACGAGUCGUCGAUUUACUACAUCCCCACUGCUGGAAGGAUUAUUCCAACUGAAGGCAUCUACCAAAGCUACAACUAUACGAUGCCCAAAAUGGCUCCGCCUCCUUCCUAUUUAGCAAUCGGACCUGCUGAUCCGCUAUAUGGCCGAUUUGAGCCGGGAAUUUACGGAAGGAUGCGACGGCCGAGUGUUGCUGAGUCUUCGAUUGUGGGUACUCCAAGAAUUGAUGACCGGCGGCGAAGGAGGGAGUUCCGGGAUCCGGAAUGUAUCUAUGAAGCACCCCCGAGUCCGAUGCACCGUACCACUCGGGAAGAAAUUGUCCCACCCCGAAUGCAACCUCAACGAAAGGAGGGCCGCGGUACUGACCGAUUGGAGCGCCGUGAGUCUCAAAAUGGCCCCCACUGGCGACAACUUCUCCAAGAAGGCAGCCCCGCCACAUCCGCCCAACCCUCAUAUUUUGCAUACAAUAACCCCGCCUUCUACCCCCGA